UUUUCCCACACACACACACACACACACACACACACACACACACACCCUUGCAUGCAUAGACGCCUACACCAGCUGAGAGCGGAAAAUAAAACUCUCUCACACAGUGUUGAAGUUCCUGUGUCUCUGACAUUUUGCUUUUCUCCCAGCGUCGGACAGCGAUGAUGCUAGGUGUGUGUGAUUGAGUGUGUGCGUCUUCGAGGACUGCGUCUGCUUGCGACCACCAUUGACUGUGGCACUCACCCGAAGUGUGUCGCCUCACACACACACAAGCCCACACUCAUCAUGGCAGCGGAGUGUGUUCCGGAGGGGCCCGACCUUAAGGAGAUGGGCGACGAAGAUGUAUGGGAGCUGAUCAACGACAACCGCCAUCGUAUCUCCCUGGGUGUGAAACCAUGCAUGUUGAUCCCCUACCUGCGCCAGGCCAGGGUCCUCACAGAGAUGGAUGAAGAUGAGAUCCUCUCCAGCCUCAAGCUCACCAACCGCUCCAUGAGGACCAGUCACAUGCUGGACCUGCUGCGCAUCCAGGGGAGGAACGGCGCAAUGGCCCUGCUGGAGAGCCUGAUGAUCCACUACCCCGCCCUCUACACCCAGGUCACAGGCCGCAAGCCCAGCACCGAGCCCUCCGGCUUCAGUGGCCUGAUUAAGUGCUCGGACUUGACCGAGUACUUGGUCAGAGCCGUGACAGGGAUGCAGAAGGAGCUGCAGGAGGCUCGGCAGGAGGCCAGCCGGCUGGGGUCACGUUGCACCUCACUGGAGGUGGAGCUAGGUCAGACUCUGGAGCAGCAGGAGGAGGCUCGCCGUCUUAAGGCCGACCAAGGCCGCAUGAGGAACAACUUGGCUGCCGCGCAACACGACAUCUUGAAGCUGAAGGACGAGAAGUGUGACCUGUAUGUGCGCUACACGGCCGCCAUCGAGGAGAGGUCGGCCGCCAACAUCCACUGCAGCGACCUCAACCUGCAGGUAUAUCAGCUUCAGUUUGAGCUGCGCAAAGCCCAGACAGAGACGGACUUCGAGAGGCAGCGCUCGCUCAAGUGCACCACCCCCAGCGAGACGCAGCAACUGCGGGAAGAGAUUAGCACUCUGCGCAGGCAGCUACUGAUGGCGGAGAAAUUCACCCCGGCACGUGAGGAUAUCCUGGCCCAAGACCUGGCUGAGGCGAGGGAUGGCCGUGUGGAGCUGGCUGAGCAGCUCAGGUGCUACAGAGAGGAGAAUGAACAGCUGGCCCGCGAGAGGCGGGAGACGGUGGAGCAUAAGGAGUGUCUGGCGCUGCAGGUUCAGAAGCUGACUCUGGACUGUGAGAUGUACCAGCAGAAGAGUACUGUCAUACAGAGCCAACUGAGGGAGCUGCAGGCAGAGAGAGACCACGCGUACCUGUCCAGAGACGAGGCCCAGGCCCAGAUAGCCAGGAGCCUGGCUGAGAAGGACACGCUGCGCAGCCAACUGGUGGAGCUCCAGGAGGUCUUCACCCUCAGGGCCUGGGGGCCCUACCGAGGAGGCCCCGAUACACCAGGGGAGAGGAAGUUUAGCUGGGAGAGCCAGGGCUCCAGCAGUGACAGCCUCCCCUCCAGCCCCCCACCUCGUCCCCGCCUCCGCCGCAUGCAUGCAAUUUGCCCUGAUUCCUUGAGGGGAUGCAGUAUAAAGAGUUGCGAUAUCACUCCAAGUAGUGUCAGGUCCCAAAAUGUGGAGCCUCCAUGCCCAGAGUCACUGCGGAGACGAGAAGAGACCCUAUGGUACAAUCGAGACAGCUCGGAGACGGCUGAAUGUGACGCCUUACUUGACAAUGACUUUGUGUUCAUCCCCAGUGGCAAUGCAGUUGAGCAAUCUGUUAUGUCACCCACACCUUCCUGCCAAAGCAACAACAGUGAUGGUCUCUCCAGGGCAUCAGCCCCCCCGUUCCUGCUGCGCUCCCGGCCCCGGGCCAUGCGCAUCACGGGGGGCCGGGUCCUGACCAUCUCCUUCCAGGGGGAGGCGCUGCUGAGCCAGCUGCAGGUGGUGGGGGGUAACAAGACGGGCGUGUUCGUCCACCAGGUCACUGAGGGCUCCGCCGCCAACACAGUGGGCAUUAGUUCGGGGGCACAAAUACUGGAGGUGAAGUAUGAACAGGCUCAGCAGGCUCUAAGGAUGGUUCUGGAGGACUCCACCCUGGAAGAAGCCAUGUGGGCUCUGGGGCAAGUCCGAGGCUUCUGCCACCUCUCCCUGAGGCCCAACCAAGAUGUCUAUGAGAAGCUCCUGCUCCAGCUGCAGAGUGGCGAGGCCAUGUCAGGUGACUCCUUCUACGUGCGCGUUAACAUGUCGUUACCCGGGGGCUCGCAGGACGCUCUGACCGUUUCCUGUAACGACAUCCUCCACGUCACGAGCACCCGCCCAGCGGGCGCUGACUGCUCCUGGAGGGCCAGCCACGUCCACCCUUGCCAACUGCUGGACCUCAAGACUGGCAACUUGCCCAACUACUACAGGGCCCAACGCCUGCUGAUCAGAGCUAUCGAGGACAUGAGUUUCCAACCCACGACACUUAGAAAGGCCCAGGACAAGAAGAAGACUGUGAGGAUCGUCAGUACGGGGAGGCAGGGGAGGAAUCCUCUGUGGGUCUGUGUAGAAGACAGCAAGGACAAGAGCACUGGGCCAGGGGAUGCCUCUGCACCCAGAGGCUGUUUGACCCUCAUGCCCUACACCCUGGUCACGCCCCACUACCCACCCGUCUGUCGUCCGGUCCUCCUGCUGCCCACAAUCCUCGGCCGUGUCCUGGAUCAGAAGCUGGCCGAGUGGCAGGGCUUUCAGUUGUGUGAGCCAGAGUUAUUGAGUUCCAGUGAGCACGCUGCCAGGCUGCAGAGGUCUGAGGUGCUGGAGGAGUGUGAACAGGGGGGUCAGCGGUGUUACACCCUGCAGAGCGUUGAGAGGGUCAUGAAGCAGGGUACCCACUGUGUGCUGCCUCUAGGCCUGGACUGUGUACGCCGCCUCCACAGGGCAGAGAUCUUCCCCAUCAUCAUCUUCAUCGGCCAUUCCAAGUGCAGAGCACGCAAACUCAAGUCUAAGCUGCAGCGUCAGGGCUGGUCUGAGGAGCAGCUGCUGGAGUGUUCCCGCAGCGAGGAGUCCCUGCUGGACAAGCUGCCCUGCCUCUACCGCAGCGUCAGCCCUGACUCAUGGUACGACAAAACCACUCUGCUCACCACCCUGCGCUCCAUCAUCUGGGAGGAGCAGAAGAAGAUUGUGUGGGUGGAGCCUGAUUUGUGGUGAUUUUUAGGGCAUCAGAGGCGUCAAUGUUUGUUGAUGAGGUACUGGUGGCUAAAUUGGAUGUCUUUUGAAUUCAUUAUUUGUAAAAAAAAAAAUAAUAAUAAUGAUUUGUAAUAUUUGUAAAUGGAUAAAACGGAGAAGGGUUCCAGUAGGCAUUGCACACCUGGGCAUUAUGAGACAAGGGAAAUGGAUUGUGCGUGCAUGUGUAUCUAUGAUAGCUACCUAUACAUAUGACUUAUGUAAUGAAGGUAGUAGUAUGGGCAUGAGGGUAGUAUGAUGAGAUGUACCAGCACUUUGGUUUAGCUUCAUUAAGUUCCUGUUGUUUUUCCCAACCUAUAUUUACUUGAAAUUGUGUUUGGAAACACUUUUUCAAUUAUCUUUAUUAUCAUAAAGAUAUUAUACUGUGUAUUGUAU